CGAACGUGCGUGGCGAUGGGACAGCAACGGCGUUUCAUGUUGAAGUUGGCAAUGUGCUUGCUGACUGCCGGUGCGCUGGUACAGGUGGCCAUUGCUGCCAAUAACCCCUGUGCGGCCGGUCCACCGGUUGAUACGAACCCGGCCGAAUGUUGUCCGACACCGAUGCUCAUGGAUGGUACCAUCAUGAUGGACUGCUACCAGAAGUAUGGCGAGCAGACGAAGAAACAGCUACAGAUGGAUGGCAUUCCACGUGGAUGUUGCAUUGCCGAGUGUGCCAUGAACGCGACCAACAUGUACGCGGACGGUAUGCUGAAGCGGGACGAUCUGUCGAAGAUGUUCAUGGAUGCGGUGAAGAGCACGCCGGAAUGGAUGUCGCUGGUGCGGGAUGCCACCAACGCUUGCUUCGAGCUGGCGGAAAAGAAGAAGGACGAAAUUGAGGCCGGCGCCCUGCUGGAGCCGAGCUUCGAGGGUGAAAAGAUCUGUCAUCCCAUCUCCGGUACCGUGCUGCGGUGCAUGGGCAUGAUGAUGUUUGCCCAGUGUCCGGCGUCCAUUUUCAACGUGAACGAUAACUGCAACAAGCUGCGAGAGUACGGCAGCAUGUGUCCGAUGCUUUAG